CGCCCCGCCUGCGUCGCGCUGCAAAACGAAGACCACGACGAAGACGCCAUCAUCAUCACCGCCCUCGCGAGCGUCCCCUUCUGCUGCCACGCCGACCUCCUCACCAUGACCCGCACCGAGCUCCUCUCCGUCGCGCACACCCUCAACGCAAAGCUCCCGCGCCUCCUCCAGAUCGACGUCGCCCCCGCGCGCUCCGACGCCUCGAUACGCUGCGCGAUCGAGCGGCUCGUC